GUUACUCAUUUCAGUCGUCUAUGCACAGUCAAGUCGGCAGCUUCUGAAAAAUAGUUUAAAAUAAAUUCCUGAAAAGACGAAGUUGGCAAAUUUUCAAUAUGAUUCAGAUGAUGAUUUUCUUGUCCGGCCCCGUGGUCGCAGCCCUCAUCUACUUGAUCGUCAACCUGGCGUCGCUGUGGAAGAAGUCCCGUGAGUUCAAGCGGAUGACGGAGCUGCUCGUCCUGGAGGAUCAGCUGGAGCGGAUGAUACAGGCUGGCCGAGCACUGAGUCCAAACGACGAGGCGCUGGAGCAGCUUGGGCGCAACCUCAUGGGCAACUUCAGACUGGACGUGUUCAAUCAAGUGCAGCAGGUUGCAGCAACUCGUUCUUCUAAAAAAAAAACUUAGGGAUCCACUGAAGGAUCCAACUGAGGGAACCGGCUGGAAAGGUGCAGCUGGAGUGCAACUAGGACAACAUGGCAAGUGGCAAGGAGACGUUGUUUUGAGUUAGCACCCGCCGUUCCAGCUUGUUGUACCCGCGAUUAAAAACAAAAAAAGGUCAUAAA